GGAAGGAGGGAGCUUGCAACAUCGCCUCGCAGGAUCACCAUUUCCAAAGGCUUCCACGGUGACAAGAGGCGACUUGGCGCGGCAUCGCUUUCUUCCUUCCAGUUUUCCUGAAGAGCCAGGAAAGGAGAGCACGGGAGAGGCCGAAGCUGCCCCCCAAUGGCCAGGCGCUCCCGCUCAGGCAGCCACCCUCGCUCCCAGGGGUGGGGAGAUCAGCGUUAACAAAAGGCCAAGUCAGGGUGUUGGAGGUGCGCUCCUUUUCGCAGGUCACCCGCAAUGUUGCUGUUUUCAUCCUGACAAAUAAGCAGUAUAUAACUUUGUAAACCACCACCAGUCUUGGACGGAGCAGAGGAUUUGACUGUUUGAGAAGAUGAGUGUGUGCCAUUAUAAUAAGACAGUUGAGUUCUUCUAUAACAACAGUGGAAAGGAGCUAUUCCAUGAAUGGAGGCCCAAGGAUAUCUUGGUGGUUGCCCUUGGCUUGACAGUCAGCAUCAUUGUACUGCUCACCAACUUGCUGGUCAUCACAGCCAUUGUUAUCAAUAAGCGAUUCCACUAUCCUAUUUAUUACCUGUUGGGCAAUCUGGCUGCAGCUGAUCUUUUUGCUGGGAUUGCAUACAUGUUCCUGAUGUUCCACACUGGGCCAAGGACAGCUAAGCUCUCUCUCAAAACUUGGUUUAUCAGGCAGAGCCUCUUGGAUACCAGCCUGACUGCCUCAGUAGUCAACCUUUUGGCCAUUGCAGUGGAGCGUCACCAGACAAUUUUCACCAUGCAGCUCCAUAGCAAGAUGUCCAAUCAGAGGGUGAUUAUUCUCAUUGGCUGCAUCUGGAUAACAGCCCUGCUGCUGGGUCUCAUCCCUUCAUAUGGCUGGCACUGUUUGUGUCAGCUGAAUGAUUGCUCUACAAUGGCUCCUCUCUACAGUCGCAGAUAUUUGACCUUCUGGGCACUCUCCAAUCUCUUUAUCUUCCUCAUUAUGGUGGUCGUCUACACACACAUUUUCAUCUAUGUCAAGAGGAAGAUGGCUCGGAUGUCUAAGCAUACGACAUUCCACCCACGCUACAAGGAAACUAUGAUCAACCUCAUCAAGACAGUCAUCAUUAUCCUCAGUGCUUUUGUGAUUUGCUGGACACCAGGGCAGGUGGUUCUCCUGCUGGAUGGCCUUGGCUGCAAGAGCUGCAAUGUGUUGGCAGUGGAGAAAUACUUCCUCUUACUGGCUGAGAUCAAUUCACUCAUCAAUGCCAUUGUCUACUCCUACCGGGACAAUGAGAUGCGCAGCACUUUCCGGAAGAUCCUUUGCUUUGCCUGCCACAGGAUGCCAAAGUACUCACCUGCCUCAAGCAAAUCCAGCACCAUAGAGCAUCGGAUCCUCUCUCAGAAUGGGCAUCCAGUGAUGGAUUCUACGCUUUAACUCCGCAGUCCAGGUUGCUCUCCGCUGAUGGUCCGAAGCCGUUGGUUUUGAUCUGUGGGUGGCCCUUUUGAAAGAAACUGGUAUCGGGGGCCUACAGUGGCUGCAGCAGGACUGGACAGUCUUGUAUCUGUGGAUUGCUUGGGGAUAGAGGGCUGCAAUCUUGAUCUAUAGCUCCAUGCUGCAACGGGGUGUGACCUACUAGCAGAAGCUGACGGUGUGCAGCCUACUAGCAGAAGCUGUUGUACUGAGACUCUUGUUGAAUCAUGUCUGGAAUACAGUGACUGUCAGUCACCUGAGCUAUGGAAUUCGCGCAUUUGGUCUGUUACAGGCUUGAGAGACACUUUAAACACUCUGCUGCAUUGAGAACCAGUUCAGAAUUGGUUUGCACCACAGCUUCUUAAAGGCUUGUUUUUUUCCUUCCUUCCACAGGCUAACAAGCAACGCUUGCUCUAUCUGCUAACAAACUAUGGGUGGCCCCUUAAGACAAACUUUAUUUGCUUUGUUCUUAAACACAAAUAUUUGGACAAACUUUGCAAAGUGGUAGAACAAAAAUAUUGAUGUACGUGUGUGUCCGUUCUUGUGAAAUGCUAUUUUUAACCACUGUGUUGAUUUAGUUGAGGGAUUGUAUCUUCUGCCAAACCAAGGCACACCUCUGAAAUGCUUCUGCGCAGGAUGAAGAAUCUUUCUGCUGGCUUUUUCAGUGUUACUUGCCUUUACUUUAGCAUGGCUGUUCUCAGUGAAGAUGCAAAAAGCUAUUCUCUGUUUUCUGUACUGAAUCCUUUAGAAAUUGUUUCAAAUGUAAUGAGCUUUUCUACUUAAACUUUUGUGUCCCCC